AUGGCUCGUUGGUUAGAGAUUCUAUUUCGAUAUGAUUUUGAGAUUAUUCAUCGCCCUGGUAAAAAUCAUCAAAACGCUGAUACAUUGUCUCGUCAUCCCUGUGAUUGUGAAAAAUGUCAAAAAUUAAAUUCGAAAAUUUCAGAAGAUUGUCUCUACAUCCAACAAAUAAAUUUAGAAAUUGCAGAUCCUAUCAAUUGGAGCAAAUUCCAGAACGAAGACAAAUUAUUGAAAGUUAUCAUUGAUUUUAAGAAAAAAAAUCUUGUACCAGAUGGGCAGUCCAUUUCUCAUCUCAACUCCAUCUCUAAAGUUUAUCUACUCUAUUGGGAUUCUUUAGAGUUAAAAAACGAUAUCCUUUAUAAAAAGUGGGAAUCUCCAAAUCUCUCGAAAAUCGUUUGGCAAAUUAUUGUUCCAAAAAGUAAAAUUAACGAUAUUCUUCAUGAAGCACAUAACUCUUCAUCUGGCGGACAUUUUGGAAUCAAUAAGACCCUUGACAAAAUUCGUCAAAGAUUUUAUUGGGCAACUUGUAAACAGGACGUUGAGUUAUGGUGUAAAAAUUGUAAAGUCUGUUUCUCGAAAAAAGGUCCUCAUCGUAAAACUAAAGCAGAGUAUCAGAUUUAUAAUGUAGGGUCACCAUUUGAAAGAAUUGCAAUUGACAUCCUCGGUCCGAUUACCAAAUCUUCUUCAGGAAAUCGUUUUAUUUUAGUCGUCACAGAUUAUUUCACUAGAUGGCCGGAAGCAAUUCCUCUUCCAAAUCACCGAACAUCCACAAUCGUUGAAGCAUUAGUUUGUCAUAUUAUUUGUCGUCAUGCUCUUCCUUUAGAAAUUCAUUCAGAUCAAGCUUAUCGCUCUUCUAAACAUGAAACCACAGAAUUUUCUCCUGCAAUGCUCAUGAUGGGACGUGAACUCAGAAUUCCUUUAGAUCUUCUUCGAGGUUCUCCGACAGACCUGGAGAGUUUGGGGGAAUCGGAGACAUUGUCUGAUUUUGUGAGUCAAUUGAAAGAGAAAAUGAAUUCUAUUCACAAUAUUACAAGAAAUAAAUUUAAAACUAAAUCAAACAAAGCUAAAUCAAGUUUUGAUUUAAAGAUGAAUAUGUUAACUUUCAAGGAAAAAGAAUUAGUUUGGCUUUAUUUCCCCCAUCGAGUCAAGGGAAAAUCUCCGAAACUUCAAUGCGAUUGGGAGGGUCCUUAUGAAACUGAAAAUAGGCUAAAUAACGUAGUUUAUAGAAUCAGAAAAAUUCUCAACGAGAAAUAUAAAAUCGUGCAUGUAAACCGUCUUGCACCGUAUUGUGAUCAAUAA